GUACAAUAAUAAAAAUAAAUUGAAUGAUUUAUAAUUUUUCUAAAAGGCAAUAAUUGAAUUGACUCAUUAAAAUACCUUUAAUAUAGUCAAUCCAACCCAACCUAAACCAUCUGCACCCCUAACAAGAAUGGUGGAGCAGAGCAAAAUGAGAAAAAUAGAAAAACAACAUUUUACAUCGAAGUCUUCAUAGAAUUAAUAAGACUCUUUUAUACUAUUUUUUAAUAAAAAUUUUAAUAGUUUAAAAUAUUAAAAAUAAAAUUUAAAUAUCAAUAUAUAUAUAAAGGAAUCUUUUUAAGAGAUGAUGUGGCAGCCUCAUUAUGAUCCUUUUCUAAUCUCUCAUUUCCUAAUUUUUUGAUUUAUUCUUAUUUUUUCUAAUUUAUUUGUUUAAACUCAUUAAUUGAUCUUAAUGAUCUUAAAUGUUUUUUGCAAAUUUAUUUUAGAGUAAUGACCCUAUUCUCUUUUCCAUUAUUUUCUUCUAGAGUUUUAUCCCUUUCCAUUCAAUUUUAAAAAAAAAAAAACACCAUUUUUCAUGGCCUCUCUUUUCCAUUAUUUUCUUUUAGAGUUUUAUCCCUUUCCAUUCAAUUUAAAAAAAAAAAAACCACUAUUUUUCAUGGCCUCUUCUGCUACGCUUGGACGAAAUUGUUCUUGGCAAAAUUACAUCCUUCAGGCGAGAUUUCUGUGGUGUGUGUAUUUUGGUUGAAUGAGUUUUUUGCUAUUUUCAAAUCAUCAAUCAUCAUCAUCAUCAACAUCAUUCUUUGAAGUUUAUACCAUGGAGUAUUCUUUUCUUGAAGACUUGAAGAAUGACAAUGAAAGUUGGAUCAUAAGGAUUAGACUUUGUAGGAUGUGGGAGUCUACUAACACUAAAAAGGAUGAUGAAUUAAUUAGUCUGGACAUGAUUUUCAUUGAUGAGAAGGAAAAUAUUAUGCAUACAACAAUUCGAAAAUUAUUUGUUUCAAAGUUUAAGCAUCUUUUGAGUGAGGGUUCUCUCUAUACUGUAAAGAAUUUCAAGGUGGUUGAAAGUACAGGCGAGUAUAGGCCGGUUUUACAUGCCUACAAGAUUAUUUUUCAAAAAACAACUUCAAUCAUGAAAUUAGAAGAAGGAAGCAUCAAGAUUCCAACAAACGGAUUUCAAUUCGUAUCUCAUAAUUUGAUUGAUUCACGUAUCAAUAACAAUACAAUUCUCUCGGAUAUUAUAUGUUUAUGUGGUGUGGGAGACAUUGAGAUUGUUGGCGCAGGUUGGAAAAAAAGAGACUUGAAAAUCAUAACAGAUUACUCAAUCACAUCAAAAAUUACACUAUGAGGUAAGAUGGCAGAGAUGUUUGAUACAAAUAUGUAUAAAAAAGAUGAGGGUCCUAUUAUUGUGAUAGUAACUUCUACCACAAUAAAAAAAUUUCAAGGUGAAAUCAGUUUUUCUUCAACAAGUGCUACAAAAUUAUACAUAAAUCUAGAAAUAGAUUAUGUAGCAUCUUUAAUUGAACGAUUUUCAACCGUUGUCAAUGGGGUGCAAUAUAUUGAAAGCUCUAAUGUGAAUAAAGUUUCUCUUGAGGAAGAGAUGUUCGUCAACCGAAUGAACAUUAAAGAACUAUUAGAGGCUGACUGGGAUGAUGGAAUGCAGGAAUACAAAGUUACUAUAAAGGCAAAGAUUUUUGGAAUUGAUACCACUUUUGGUUGGUAUUAUAUGUCCUGCAAAACAUGUUUGAAAAAGCUUGUACUCAAAAAUGGUGUUCAUACCUGUGAUCGUUGUGACAAAAUAUGUGACUAUCCUCUUUUGAUGUACAAAAUUCAUAUAAAAGUCAGAGAUAAAAGUGCAGAGACAACUUUUGUCUUAUUCAAUCUUGUGGCUGAGAAACUACUUGAUACAUCAGUAAAGAAGAUUUUACCUACAAAUAACGAUGAAGUUCCAGCAGUAAUUCAAGCUCUUUGUGGAAAGGAUUUUGUUUAUAAAUUAAGAUUGAAUCAUUUUAAUUUAAAAGAUGGAUAUGAGAACUUUACUGUAUCUAAAAUUUUUGUGCCAGAUGAUAUAUUAGAACAAGCUCAUGAAUCCAAAAAGAGAGAGGAAAUAAAUAUUGACAGGAACGAAAAUAAUUCUGAUAGAGAUUUGGAAGAUUUGGAAGUUGAAGAUAUGACUGUCGCUGGUGAAUGUAGAAAGAGAAAAUUUCAAAUUGUUGAUGAUGAAGAGGAAGUCGAUGAUGAUGCAAAAAAUUAGUACACGUGUAUUUAGUGAUGGUUUUGGCCUUUUGGCUAUCUUUCAUUUGUGUGGUUGGAAAGAUUUUGUUUCUUUUAAGUUGGUUUUAGUCUAAGUUUUUAGUUCAAAAAACUGUUUGUGUGGUGGUUGGGUGUGUAUGCCAUUUUCGUUUAUGUGUUUCAUGGUUGAAUAUUGGGCUUUUUGACUAUUUAUUUCCAUCUAUUGUUAAUAUGGUUGUUAAACCUCUAGACUAUAUGGAUUUCUCAGUAUUUAGUGUUUAAAUUAUUUAUUGACUGUGUAACAGUAAUUUUUCUAUUUUAUCAAUGUCUUGAUUGAGAUA